AUGCUUCUCGGUCUUCUUGUUCUUUCCCUCGCGUUUCAGGGGACAGUAAUAGCUGCCACUGAUUGCGAAGAAUGUAAGACUAUUGUGGAUCUUUUGCAAUUUGAAUGGGGAGAGAAGAAAACAGAAGAAUGUGUUAUGGAGAUUGCUGUAUUCAUUUGUGAGAAUUUCCAUAUUGAAGACAAUGAUGUCUGUAACUUUAUCAUUUCGGAUUUCUCGGACGAGUUUAUGUAUGUUGUCUCCAAGGUUGUCUCACUCCACAUCAGUUAUUGUGGAGAUUUCGUCGAUCCAUUGGCUGAAAUUUGGAACAUGACGAUUCCAGGAAACCAGCCUGCCUAUGUUCCAAAGAAUGUCGUUCCUACCGGCAACCCAACUCUCCGUGCUCUCCACUUGACCGAUCUUCAUGUUGACAUGUUCUAUACACCCGGACUCGAAGCACAAUGCGAAACUCCACAAUGUUGUCGUCCACAAGAUAUGAAUGUCGAAAUAGUGGAGAAUGGAGCAGUGAAGCAAGCAGCUGGACCAUGGGGUACAGUAGGAUCCUGUGAUACGCCUUAUUGGUUGCUCACCAACAUGUUGGAACACAUUGCCAGCUCCGCGGGACCUAUCGACUAUGUUAUGGUUUCUGGAGACCUGGUUUCUCAUACUGUUUGGGCAUACACACCAGAAACUCAUUCAUUCAUGGUCAAAAACCUUUCCGAUACCAUUCGCUCGUAUUUCCCAACAACUCCAGUCUAUUUUGCAGUUGGAAAUCAUGAAGGAGUACCUGUUGAUAACAUUGCUCCACAUUUCACACCGAAAAAAUAUCAUAUGGAUUGGCUUUACAAGACUAUGUCCAACGCAUGGCAAGGAUGGAUUCCGGCUGAUCAGGAGAAAACUUUGGAAUACAACGGGUGUUACAUGAAGAAAAUCUACGAUGGUCUUCGUCUCAUUUCUCUUAACAAUGUCUAUGGAGAUCGCAUCAACUUCUGGCUCUACAUUAAUCAGACUGAUCCAGACGGCACGCUCCAAUGGCUAAUCAAUCAACUCCAAGAUGCGGAAAAUGUUGGAGACAAAGUUCACAUUGUUGCCCAUAUUCCAGGAUCGGACGGAGAAGCACUUGAAGGAUAUGCACUCAACUACUAUAAAAUUAUUAAUCGAUUCACUAACACUGUUGUCGGUCAGUUCUUCGGACACACCCAUUCUGAAAAGUUCUACAUGAUGUAUGAGAAUCCAGAUGACUACAAAUCUACACCAAAUAAUGUGGUUUACUCGGCUCCAUCUGUAACUCCGUAUUCUGAUUUCUUCCCUGCAUACAGAAUAUACACUAUCGAUGGUGUUUACAAGGGAUCCACUUAUCAAGUGAUUGAUUACGAAGAAUGGUUUUUCAAUUUGACUUCUAACAAUGCGAAUCCAAAGAAUGUUGUGUGGGAGCAAUUGUAUAAGAGUGCCAAUGCAGAAUAUGGAUUAAAGGGACAGACCCCCGAUGAAUAUAAUCAAAUGAUCGAGAGAAUGAAGACAGACACAACUCUUUUCAAUAAGUAUUACGAGAAUCACUACCGUCGUUCGCAGUAUGACGGUCUCCAUCCAUGUGACACUCAAGAUUGCCGUAAUGGAUAUCUCUGUGACGCUCGCCAAUUCCAUCAGACUAACAAAUUGUGCACUGAUUUAGAAGGACAAGGGAAGAUUCAGAAACCAGACGCGAAGAAAAAGAAGUAUUCUGCUAGAUUUGUGACGGAAAAGAGCAAGAGGCGAGGAAAGGAAGAAUGCAAGAUUUGA